AUGCAGUAUGCAGGACCAACGCCUUUACCAGUAUGUGGGAAUUUGCUAUCUGUUGCUCUUAAGUUAAGGUCUAACAUUCCCCAUCAUGUAUUAUGGCGAUCUUGGGCUCACGUCUACGGCAACAUUCUUGGCUUGAAGCUAGGAUUCAUCAACGUAGUGAUUGUAUCUGGGAAGGAAUUGAUUAAAGAGGUGUCCACACGUGAAGUGUUUGAUGGCCGCCCCGAUGGAUUCUUCUUCUUGAUGAGAUCGUUCGGUAAAAAGCUCGGGAUAGUCUUCAACGAUGGACCGUCUUGGUCUAAAACAAGACGCGUAGUACUAAAAUACUUGAAAAGCUUUGGAUAUAACUCGAAGUUCAUGGAGAGUUACAUUGCCGAGGAGUGUAGAGCACUCGUUAAACUAAGGACGGGCGACGCCGGGCAGCCGAUACUAGUUAACAGCAUGUUCAAUAUCUCGAUCGUGAAUAUACUGUGGAGGCUUGUCGCUGGAAAAAGAUACGAUUUAGAAGACAGAAAGCUAAAAACAUUAUGCGACUUGAUAAUGAGGUUGUUUCGCGCUGUGGACAUGAGCGGAGGCAUUCUGAAUUUUAUGCCAUUUGUGAGACAUAUUCUACCAGGUCUUUCAGGGUACACAGAACUGACAUCCAUCCACAAGGCUCUUCAUGACUUCUUGAGGGAAACCAUACAAGAACACCAACAAAACAUCGACGUCAACAACCCCCGGGACGUCAUAGACGCCUUUCUCAUUGAGAAAAUUGAAUGCAAAGAUCAAUCCUUUACAGAUGAGGAGCUUCAAGUUGUCUGCCUGGACUUGCUGGAGGCUGGCAUGGAGACUGUCUCCAACACGGCCGUGUUCAUGCUCCUUCACAUAGUCUGUAACUACGAUGUGCAGCGAAAAUUACACCAUGAAAUCGAUGACAUCAUUGGCCCACUCCGACCUCCUGCACUAAGCGAUCGAACAAGUAUGGUGUACACUGAGGCAGUGCUUUUGGAGUCAUUGCGGAUAUCAAGCGUGGCAGCCAUGGGCAUACCGCACAUGGCGCUUGACGACGCAAGACUUGGCGAUUACAUUAUACCCAAGGGUACCUUCAUACUCCUGGCAAUGUUCGAUCUUCACAACAGUCCUCAUUGGACGGAUCCUGACGUGUUCCGUCCGGAGAGAUUCAUCACCAAAGACGGGAAUUUAAUCCAAGAUGACUCACUCAUGCCGUUUGGAGCAGGAAGAAGACGUUGUAUCGGCGAAGGAUUGGCGCGUUCCGAACUCUUUAUGUUCCUCACGCAUAUCCUACAAAAGUUCUAUUUGAAGAUACCAGAUGGCGAAACUGUGCCGUCUCUUGAGCCUAAUGAUGGUCUUUCGCUAUCAGCCAAACCAUUCAAAAUAGUAUUUGAAAGCAGAAAUAAUAUGUAG